UGCGGUAACUGGAUCCAGCACUCCUUCGUUUUCCUCGAAUGGCGAACGGGAUCCGGUCCUCCGCCGGCGACAUCCUCCGCCUGGCGUUCAUCUCCCGCCUUCUCAUCCUAACCCUAAUCGUUCUCUUCCGGUUCCUUUUCGAUCCCUACGACACCUCCGGCGCCCUCAACCACCCCUGUCACCACCUCGACGGAACGCCGCCUCCUCGGAGUCCUCUCCUAUGGCCUCGCGUCGCCGCGGCGAUCGAGCAAAGCGUGGUGUGGGACAGCGUCUACUUUGUCCGGAUCGCCGAGUGUGGGUACGAGUACGAGCAAACCUUUGCUUUCCUCCCCCUCCUUCCCGUUGCCACCUCCCUCCUCUCCCGCUCCGUAUUGGCUCCAUUAGUUCCAGUGAUCGGUUGCAGAGCGGUGCUGGCAUUGGCUGGAUAUGUGAUCAAUAAUGUUGCGUUUAUCUUUGCAGCAUUGUAUUUUUACAGACUUUCAGUUUUGAUAUUGAAGGAUUCCAAAGCGGCCUUUUUAGCGUCUGUUUUGUUCUGCUUCAAUCCAGCUUCUGUGUUUUACUCAUCAAUAUAUUCAGAGAGUCUUUAUGCAUUAUUUUCACUUGGAGGAAUUUACUAUGUAUUUUCUGGCUCUAAUACACUUGCCAUGCUCCUGCUUGCUGUUUCUGGUUCAGCUCGAUCAAAUGGAGUUCUUAAUGCUGGCUAUUUCAUGUUUUUGACAUUGGUAAAGGUUUAUGAAGCUGUUUCUCAAAAUAGAAAAAUCAAAGUAGUGAAGGCUAUUGUUGAUGGCACCCUGUAUUCCAUUUGUAUUUUCAUUCCAUAUGUGGCUUUUCAAGCAUAUGGGUACUCCAACAUCUGUAAAGGUGGUUCUCUAGAUGAGUUGAGACCAUGGUGCAAAGCAAGAAUACCUCAUUUAUAUGCUUUUCUUCAAAGUCAUUAUUGGGGUGUAGGGUUCUUGAGAUAUUUUCAAGUAAAACAGUUGCCAAACUUUCUUCUUGCGUCUCCAAUUUUAACUCUAGCAGUUUGCUCCAUCAGCAAAUAUGCAAAGUCACUGCCACAAGUUGUUCAAGCAUUGGUUGUGCGGCAGGGAAACAAUCCACCAUUCUCCAAUGUUACUUCUACUGCUAAGGAUGGUAUUUCUUUUAAAAAUUCUAAAGGUGAUUCUGUGGUUAAACAGAGGAGGAGAGAGAAUGCCGAUGAAGUUCAGAAGAAUCUCAAACCUAUAUCUCAAGGAACUAUCUUUAAAACAAAUCAAGGAUACUACAACAUCAUGGUUCUUCCUUUUAUUCUCCAUCUGGGAUUUUUGACAUUUACCGCAUUUUUUGUCAUGCACGUUCAGGUUUCGACUAGGUUUUUGUCGGCCAGUCCCCCAAUUUACUGGUUUGCUUCUUAUACAAUGCUAUCACCGGACCGAAAUUUAGCAAAAUGGAGAUACUUGAUCUCCACCUACUUCAUCGCAUACAUCCUCCUCGGCGCUCUGCUCUUCUCUAACUUUUAUCCUUUCACUUGAGGAACUGGAUUGUAUUGGAUUCAACAACAGGUUGAUUUUUCUGAUAAUAUUAUUAACUUCUUGGAGAUGUCAAAUGUGCUUGCCAUUUUCCAAUUUGAAGGGUUCAAAGUUUUAUUUCUAUAAAGAGGAGAAAAGCUUUAGUGAGUGAGUUUUUGUGACUUUGUUAAGCAUCUUGAUUAAUGCCCCUGAAUGCCUUGUAAAUUGAUUUAGGUUGAAAACAAGCAAUA